ACAUUAAGCCGGCUUGUGUGGUUGUGUUUACCUGUCGUUCUCACUGAAUCGUUUGCGAAUUUUUAUAAUACAUUUUACUAAAUCAUUUUUAUUUACCUUUUUUAACAUUUACUUAAAAAGUCAACACUGUUCAUCAACGUCAUAAUUAUUUAUAAAAAAUCAAUUAAUAUUAAACUUCAUAAAUAAACAGUAAUUCAAGUGGUUCGUAUAAUAGUGCGACCAAUAUAAACUUGUCGGGCAAUAAGUGAGAACUUUUUUUAUUUAGUGGGAAAAAAAUUAACUUGGCCGGAAGUUUGAUUCCUUACGACUUACUACCAGUGGAUAUUACAUACUUGUUCAUCCUGUCAAAGAGAGAUGGAUAAUAAAGAAAGAAGCAAAGUGUAGGAUGGACUCGUCAGUACAGGGAAUCUUGUUACAGUGAAGAGGAGGAUCUUCCGUGAAGGAAGGAGGAACGAGGAGGAUGCCGUCCUCGCAAACAGCCGCCACUGAGCGGCGAAACGACAGGAUGAUGAUUGCCCAUGAACCACCAAAGCUCAAAACAACUCUUAAAACAUCACCGAAGCAGGCUACGAAUCCCCUGCAAUUUGUUAAAGUUGGUCCAUGUUCGUUGUAUCGUACCGCCCAAGAACAGCUGCAAAAGGUACAGGAAGUGAAAAAAAUAAAACAAGAGGUUCGAGAUGAUCCGGAAGACUGGCAAUCAAACUUGGAUAAUUGGAAAAGUAGUCGGAGGAAGCGGCAGGAGCACAUAAUCGAGCGGGUGGUUGAAGUUAAGAAACUUGAAUUAGAAGAACACGACAGACAAAGACGUCGAAGUAAAACUUUCUCGGAGAUGAUGGAAGAGCGCAGUAAUAGAGGUAGAAAAUUAAGCAUAAGUCUAGCAAUGUAUCACGAAGAAGAUUCAAAUGACUUGAGUGAUCUUGGCAUUGGAACAAGCAGUGGAAAGAGCUCCGUCAGUGGCGACACCCACGAAGAUACACAGAGUGUUCUUAGCGAUCGGGACAGCGAGAUCGACAAGAAUAAUUCAGACUCGGACAAUACCACGAAUGAAAAUGCUAACGGCAAUAAUAAUAUGAAUCACAAUAACAACAGUAAAAAUAACAUUAUUAAUAAUGAUAACAAUAACUUAUCUACCGCAAACAAGUCCAAUGUCACGUCAAUAGAGUCAAUAAGUAAAAAAUCUACAUUUGAUAAUGAGUUUCACAACGAUAGAGAUCAAAGGGAAUACGACUCUGGUACUACAGCCACUGUCAGCUCACCAGAACCUGAAGAGUACACUUACGACGGAACUAUUCAUGGCUAUGUUACCAACAGGGUCGCGCAAAACAUUCCCAGGCGUUCACUAAUCAACUACGACAUUAAACACGACAACGUAAAAUUGAAUCUCUUCGAGGAAAAGACUUUCGAUGAGAAAAACGUUCCCGUAGUCAAGGUGGACGUACUUAAGCGACGAGAAAUCUUCGAGAAAGCAUCGCAAAAGAGUAUAGAUAAUAAAGUCAACAAUAAUAUUAGCAAUCGUUCUUCUGGUGAUUUUUCAUCUUCAAAAUCAAUUAAAGAAAGACUUUCAAAUCUCGAGAGACAGAAACAGGAGAUCAAUGAAGAAGAAAAAUGUAAUAAAACUAUGAAUAGAUUGUCCGGUGAUAUGAGCUCUAUUCGUGAACGUCUGUCUCAUUUAGAAAAACAAGCUGCUGAACGUGAAAGCAAAACAUGUAAAUCAAUUAUUGAUGAAGUUGAAGCGUUUAUUCCUCUUCGUGAUAGAUUAUCAAUUCUCGAUAAAUAUACUAAUAUCGAUGAUUCACCUAUUGCAAGAACAACAAUAAAUUUACGACAGAAUGAAGAAUUUUCAGCUAAAAUGAAAGAUCGUUUGUGUAUGUUGGAUAAUUCUAGAUCCAAAGAUGAUGAAAAGAAGCCGGUGAAUAAACAGAUGUUAGGAUUUAAUAAUCAAGAUGCAAGAAAUGAAAUGUCAACACCAAGUGAGAGAAGUUCAUCUCCAGACUCCGAGUAUCGUGCACCAUGUGCUGCUUUCCAUAGAAGUCUUGAUUCUCUCGAUGCUGAUGCAUCCAGUGAGCCUGAUACUUUCGAACGAGUUCAGAGUCUCGAAGAGCUUGAUUAUGUACGGAGGAGGUAUCCAACAUCUGUAUCAUCAGCUGAAAUUCUUAAUGAUACAGAUCGCGAAGAUUCUGGUAUUCACACUGCUGAUGUUAGCUGUUCAGUCAGUCAAGCUGACGAACCAGUUGAUGAAGAAAUUGUGCAGCAUCCCGGAACAAUUGUUCAAGUCCAAGAAAUCAUUGUGGAGGCUCAGGAGCAACAGAUCUCUGCUCAAUCUAGCGUGGAAGAAUUAAGAAAGACGGAAAUAUCUGAAGAGAAAAGACAGGAGAAAGUUGAUAUUCAACCGGAGGCAGUAGCAGUGAUAAUUAAGGAAUCGAUUGUUAUCGGCAGCAACAAUAACAACAGCACCACAGACGAGGAAACUGAGCUAUGUUGCGAGUCACCUAAGUCAGUCGAGCACGAAGAAGAGACCCAGACUAGUGAAUCAACGACUGACGACCAGAACGCAGGCUUACCUGUUGCUUGCUCCAAGGCAAACCAGCAAGAAGACACCGACCAAGAUUCUGAGUCUGUUUCAUCGCUUAUGGACUCGCUGUCAUUAUCGCAUGAAAAGGAAUCUAACCACAGUGAUCAUUACAACAAACUGAGCGUUUUUCAAUCAAAUAUGGAGUUUAUUGAUACACCUGUACCUCUAUCAAAAUCGAUUCCACCAUUAAAUUUGACAAGUAAUGAGGAAAUAAUCGCUGGAUUAGUAUUUCCUUUGGGUCCACCAACUAGUGUAGAACCACCUAAAGAGAAACCUCCACCACCUCCUACUGAUUUUAGUGAUGAAGAAAAUCAACCAAUUGAACCAUUAAAGAGAUUAAAUUCUACUCGUAGAAUAAAAAAAGAAUUGCGUACAAGGCGAUCUGAUUUCUUGGGAAUUGAAGGAAUAAAUGACGAUGAUCUCGAGUUAAGUCUAGCGAAACCACCAGACAUGGCAGCAAUUUUGGCUGAAGAGAGAAGAAUUGAGCAGUUACACCGUCGAUCUUAUGACACAGACAGCAAUUACGAGCAAGAUUCAAGCCAUGAGAGGGAUUCAGGUGUAGAGCUUGGUCAAGCAGAGGAUUGGGUGAAGCAACCAGUUAGUCCCGAUAUGUCCCAACACAGUCGUCAAAGUAGCGAACCAUUUGGAGCAAGCGUUACCUCUUCCGAGGAAGAUGAGAUCACGAAGAAAGAGCGGGAGAUUAUUGAAGUUCUUGAGAAGGAAGAGCAGUGGCGUUACGGCAACGACCGCGAACAGAACAGCGAUAUUGGUGAAAAACUCGCGCACAAGCUACGAGAACUCGAGGAGGAAAAGAUGCAGUUGGAGCGUGAACGUGCACAGGAAGCCGAGUUGCAACGACAAGAGGAAACCCUACGGAAAAAUGAUGAAGAUUCACGCAAACAGGAGGAACAACUACUGCGGAAGCAACAAGAGUCAACGAUGCAACAAGAAAUGGUGCACGUUGAGGAGAUGGAACUCAGGGAAAAGGAACUAAGACUUGAUGUGGAACGGUUUACGUUACAUGAUAAAAUGAUUGAGAAUGAAAGUAGGUCCAUGGAUAUUAGACACCAAGAAGACUUACAUUUCAGACCCUCAGAAAGUCAGAUGAGUGAGCAACAAAAAACCUUACCUUCCGUUGUGCACAACCGUGAGGAUGAUUAUUCAUCAAGGGAUGUUUUGCGUGUAGAACGAGAGCUUUUACAGUUGGAACAAGAAGAGUUGCAGCGUCAAAGGAACAAUAUGUUGUAUCUUGAACAAAAGCAACAACAACUUGGUGGCCAAUUACAGGAACAAUGGCAAUCACUCCAAGAUGUAAAUCAUGACCCCAAUAUGGCUCAUGCUGCUUAUCGGAAUAUCAAUAUAAAAAAUUAUCGAUCAUCAAUGCCAAAUCUUCAGCUUCAAGAUAAUCAUCGUCGAAGACCAGCACCCCCGCCUAUACCACCAGCGAAGCCUCUGCGACUGCUAGAUCAAAGACAGCGGGACAUCACUAUCAGAAACAGCCGGAUUCCAUCAGCAGAUUCAAUUCCACAGCAGGUGGAUGCAACGCUCCGUCACAGUGCCUCAGCUUCAACUCUGAUGAGUCAUGCUGGUCAGCAGAUGACAAAGCAAACUCUUCAUGCAUUGAGUGCUGUACCACGUACGCGAAUCGUUAAAGGUGACCAGUGGGUUCAGCGUAGAAAAAGUGACGGACCUCGCAUUGCAUCCCAGGAUUUUAAUUAUCAACAUUGGCUCAUACAAGAAGCAGAACAGAGGAGAAUUAAUGAGAAAAAUCAACGAUCACCUGUAAGAAAACCACAGCAACACGUGACUGGAACUUCUGUACCUUAUACUGGGAAUUCAACAAAAUCAGAAGGAAAACCGUUACCAGAUUCAAUUAUUCAAACACUUACGCAAAGGAUACAAAAUAGAGCACAGGAAAGACAGCCUAUUAUCCGGCGAAGAAUUGAACAAAGUGUCAGUCAAGAACAUUUGCCUUUGGGACAUCAUUUACCAUCACAGCACCUUAAUAUGAUGCAUCAGAAAGUACAUCAAUCACCAGUAGCGUCUAGUGCAGCGGACUCCCAAGAAAAAAUGCUCAGUGUUAGUGGAAAAAAAAAAUGUUCACACUGCGGUGAUGAAUUAGGACGAGGUGCAGCUAUGAUUAUAGAAAGUCUUCGUCUUUUUUAUCAUAUGGAAUGUUUCAAAUGUUGUGUUUGUCAUGUACGUCUUGGAGAUGGACUUAUGGGAACGGAUGUUCGUGUUCGUAAUCACAAACUCCACUGCCAUAAUUGUUAUUCAAGCGAUGAUGGUGUUAAAUUCAGCUGCGUGUAAAAAUUAGGAGUCGACAACUUUUAUUAAAAUGUAUAUAAAAAGUGCCACAAGGAGUAUUUAGAGGUGUCAAAAAAAGCAUUAAAGAAAUAAAUAUACAGUAGAGUUAAAGAAAAAUGUUUCAAAUUAAGUUGGAAAUGAAAUUAUAUUGUUUCUCCUUAGCUGACACAUGUAUAUAGAAUGUGUAUUUAUGUAAUUAGCACAUUUAGUGAGUGUUAAAUAUUACGUUAAAGAGACAUGAUAAAAGUGAAUAUGAUAGAGAAGAGAAGAAGAAAAGAAAUAUGUAAAUUAUUGUAAUAUAGUAUUGUGAUAUUUAUAAGAUGCCCAGAGUACAAUUUAAUCUGCGGAUAUUUUCAUUGCUGUUAAUAAAAAACCGCAAUAAUUUUAUUUUAAAAUGUUCAAGUAAAAGAUACAUAUUAAGCAUGUUAAUCUUAUCUAGUUAAAUUUAAGAAGGACACUUUAUUUUACAGAUGUAAAAAAAACAUAUUUAAAAAGAAAAAUGUAUAUUACGUGAACCGUUCAGAGAAACGGGGCAUGAAUAAUUAACUAUUUUAACUUUAAAUGAAGAAGAUCGUUAGCAUUAGUAAUUACUUAAAAAGAAUCAUCACAUACUGUGAAAUAUUGUAUAAUACAUGUUAUAUGUUAGCAUAAAAUGUAAUUUCAUAUUAUUAAAUAAUAAAUGUGCAAGAUA